AGUAUUAUAAUUGAUUAUCUAAUUGUAUAGAAACAGUUGUAUUAUAGAAUAUUUUUUUAUUAAAUUUGUUUUUUGGAAUAACAACAGAUUCCAACAAUAUUAAAUAGGGCACCAUUGACAAAGAUUUAACUAAAAUACGCGCAGGCGCUAAGAGCAUAACAAUGAAAGUCUAAGAACGAGAGGAUGCUAUAAUUAGAGUUGUAUAUAUUUAAUUUCAAUAUUUAUUAGAUUUAAGUAAAAGUUUACUAGACAAUUUUAAAAUGUUCUGGAAUAAUUGUAAUAGGAGAUCAAAACCUAGCGUUUUUCGCUUUUGUGUUAAGAAUUGAAAUGUUUCACCAGGGUCGCGUUAUAAUUGUUUGGUUAUCUUGGCUUAUUGGAGGCGUCUGCGGAGUUGUUAUUUUGUUAAUAAUUAUUUGUUACUGUCGCCUAAUGCCGCGCCAUCAGAAAUCUUUCGAUGAACAAUACCUUAAAGAACACUACACAAUAAAAGAGGGUCAUGGAUACGCAGGUCGGGAAAACUACAGGAUAAAAACUACAGAGGUGCAGGUCCAGCGUGCCGCUCGUCCUGCAAGCUACGCCGGUGACGCCGACCGCCGCACGCCGUCAUCGGGGCCCGGCGGCGGGGGAGGGGGAGCUCGCACGCACUGCUAUGUCAACCGCGUUCCUGACUCCAGGGAACACUCUCUCCAGUACGCCUCUAGCGGCAUGCUGGAUGAGAUGGACUGCGUAUCUACGGGAGGCGCCAGUGCGGACGCGCUAAAAACUCGUUCACUUCCUGCCUUCCUUCGCCCUAAACCACGUCCGCUGUCGACCGAGGAUGACUUGCACCAGCUCUAUGAUAAGGUGAACCUGAGCAAGAAGUAUAAGAACCGCAUGCGGAGCGAACACGCGGCCAUCAUCGCCCUCAGCAAGUCUCACAGUCAGUUCCUGGACGCGGACGCCGUCAUCGUUUACGAUCAGCGAACUGCUCUCUGAACGUUUCACACUCAGUACGAGUUACGUCAACACACGGACUCACAUACCAUCUGGUUCUCCUACAUAAGAACAGCGUUUAAUAUUAUAACCUUAUUAAAAUCAAACCUUCUUUAGAACGAAGAUUGCUACCAGCACUAUAACAUUCCAUAAAGAAUAGAUAUCUAACAAUCUGUUGUAAAAUUCAAACUUGUUUAGAAAAUUUCAAAAAAAUGCGGUGCACCUCGUAAUGGAACCUCUUUUUAGCAGUUUCGUGUUUAUAGCCUGGUCUGGACGUCUUCUUGGUUAAGGUUAGUGUUCGGUUAACGUCGACCAAGCUAGAUAGAUAGCGUAGGCAAAAGGAGGACCAAUGUUUUGACACAAAAGUAAUGGAAUAUAUUAAAUUUUUAAACUUGUUAAUAGAUCGUUAUGAAAUAUUAAACACGACUGAUAAUAAAUGUAUGUACUUGCUUUAAAUAUGAGGUAGAGAUUGAAAACUAUAAUGUUUUCGAAUUCGUUCGCUCCGUAUUUUUACGUCGUUAACUUCCGUUAACAAGUCCGUUCAUAGACCAUAGUUUUCAUUCAAAACGGUCAUGUGAACUCAUUGUUCUCUGUAAAGAUUUCGCACGAUUGAUGUAUAUAAAGGAAACUAGAUUUUUGUAUUAAUUAUAAAACUCUUUUUGAGGUUAAAAAUUUCGUGUUAUAAAGUUGUAAACUGUAAUACCUAUAAUAAUACUAACGAAAGAACAUACUCGUAUAAACCAUACAGUUUUUGCCGCGUCACGAUACAUUAAAUCUGUCAAAUAACAGAAACUUCUACAAAUAGUAAACAAACGAUAUAGACUAAAAAUAACCGGAUGAUAAAUAUCUGAACGAUUAUUAAUUACAAAUGACAUCUACAUAUCACUACUUAAUGUAAAAAUAAAACGCACAUUAAAUAUAUUAAAGGCGUCGCUUUAACCGGAUAAAAUCUGUUACUCAGUAAGUUUGUAUCGGCAUUGUGAUCGUUGAUGUGAUAAAAUUUAUAACGAAAUUGUGGCCUAAUACAAUUUAGUGUGUUUUAAACUCCGUGUAAUCGCGUACAUCGAUUAAUUUUAUUAUAGUUGACAGUAUUGAUUACGAAUCAGUUUUAUAUUAUAUAGUGUUUUAUUUGUACUUAAUUUUAUUUUCGGUUAUGUUUUAUAAGAUUUUAAUGGAUAUUAUUAGCGUUCGUUGUUUUGAUAUGUCAUAUCUACUAUAUUGAUAGUUUAAAUUUAUGGAUUUUAGAAAACCGAGAUUUUCUGGUGUAGAUUUUUUUAUACAUCUUCCAGUUUUUGUAAACUUUUUAUAUUCUUUAUAAUGUUCUUAGCGAAAUAUUUUUAGUGUUGAUGUUUAAUAAAUGCUUAAUCGAUUAUUAAAUGUUGCUUGUCUUAUAUUAUCGGUACGCGAUUGUACAUCUACGUCCUGUACGUUGCAGGUUAGCGACAAUGUUUCUAGUGUAGAUUUUUACUUAAUGCUAUUAAGUAUACAUUCUUGUAUAGAUUUUUAUAAAAUAGUUUAUAGUCGUUGAAGUUGUUUGGAUAACUUCAGCUGCAACAGGGCAGAGCUCCGUAGUUGUUGUGUUAUUUGGAUACCUCUAUUCUGGCUCCACCUCCAGUACGGAGGUUCUUUAUGUGUGUAUGUAAUACUAUUUAUGCUCAAUUCUGUAUUUUUAUUUCGUCUGAUAUACAUCUAGUAUCGAGCGUGCAGUUGCUUAGUUAACGAAUUGUACGAAGGAAUUAUAUUCGUGUAUAAUCGACUUUGUUUACAGUAAUAAAACUUUUCUAUUA